AUGUUGGCGCUGAGCGCGGCGCGCCGCUGGGCGCUGCUGGUGGCGCCGAGCCGGGCGGCGGCGGCGUGCGCGGAGCCGCUGCGGGCCUCCUGGGCGCGCGCGCCGGGGCCCGGGCGCCGCGCCUGCAGCGGGCCGCGCGGGGACGGCGAGGAGGACGAGGACAGGCCGCUGGUGUACCUGGACGUGGGCGCCGACAACCAGCCGCUGGGCCGGGUGGUGCUGGAGCUGAAUGCUGACGUGGUGCCAAAAACAGCAGAAAACUUCAGAGCUCUCUGCACUGGCGAAAAGGGCUUUGGAUACAAAGGGUCUACCUUCCAUAGAGUGAUUCCUUCUUUUAUGUGCCAGGGUGGCGACUUUACCAAUCACAACGGCACUGGAGGCAAGUCUAUAUAUGGCAGUCGAUUUUCUGAUGAAAACUUCGAACUUAAGCAUGUCGGGCCAGGUGUUCUCUCGAUGGCCAACGCGGGGCCCAACACCAACGGGUCUCAGUUCUUCAUCUGCACAGCCAAAACUGACUGGCUGGAUGGAAAGCAUGUUGUCUUUGGCCGUGUGAAGGAAGGGAUGGAUGUUGUGAAAAAAAUCGAGAGCUUUGGCUCCAAGAGCGGGAAGCCGUCAAAGAAGAUCGUCAUUACCGACUGCGGCCAGCUGUCAUAA